UUAUAAUAGUAUGUUAUUUCUAAUGUAAGGUUGGAAAAUUGUGAUUUUUUUAUUAAAUAUAAAAAGUAUAUAAUUUGAGUUCAAAAAAAGAAAAGCAAUCUCUACUGGGCAACAUGCGGAACUGCUCAUGAGCAUCCUGUAGGAAUCGUCCAAUCAGAGCCCGUGUAGUGAGUCACGUGAGCAGACUGAGGGGGGCGGGAGCGGACCAGCAACACCAACAUGGCGGCGUCUCCUUUCAGUUUCUCAGCGGACAGGUUCUGGACAGAGGAGAAAGAGAAGACUCUGAUCGGCUUCUUCUCCAAGCACAGCUGCCUGUGGAACCACCGCUCAGAGAGCUACAAGAGCCGGAAGCUGCGCUGGAGAACCCUGGAGCAGCUGCGGGUCAUCCUGUCCACGCUGCCUCCACCCAACCCCUUCACAGUGGAAGACAUUAAGAACAAGUUCAAGAACCUCCGCACCACCUUCCGGCGCCAGUACAAACUGGUGCGGGCGAGCCAGGUGUGCCGGCUGGAGCACGUGUUCGAGCCCCAGUGGAAGCACUACGACCAGCUGAUGUUCCUGCAGGGCUGCUGGGAGACGGACGCCCGCUGGGAGACGGACCCCCACGUGGAGGAGCAGCCGCUGCGGACUCUCCCCAAGGAGGAGGCCCAGUCGGUCGGUUCCUCCCCGGGACUGACCAUCUCCUCCCUCCCCAACGCGCCCACCUCCUUCCCCUCCACCUCCUCCAACAUGCAGCUCAAAUGUUACUGGACCGAAGAGACGGAGCGAGCACUGAUCACCUUCUACUGCGAACACAGUUGUCUGUGGAACAAGAAGUCUGAAAACCACAACAACCGACAGCUCCGGCUCAGGCUGCUGGAGACUCUGAGAGCGCAGCUGUCCGACCGGUCGGUGUCUUUCGCAGUUGAAGACAUAAAAAACAAGUUCAAGAACCUCCGGACGGUUUUUAACCGGGAGUUCAAGGCGGUCCGCGCCAGCCGGGCUUCCGACAAACUCUUCGUGUCCAAGUGGAAGCACUACCAGCAGCUGCUCUUCCUCUGCGAGUCCUGCGACGAAGACGACGGCACGGACGACCUGCAGGACGACAAGGAGGCGGAGCCGGGGAACCGAACCCCCUCCUCCACGCUGAGCAGCUUCUCCUCCAGCUCCACCCACACCAACAGCAUCACGGUCGGUAACGCCUCGGCUCCCACCAGCUCCGCUCAGAGCAGCGCCGGACACCAAAUCCUCCUCCUGGCGUCUCCAGACAACCUCAAGCUAUCAAACCAAACAGCUGCACUUCCAACCUCGCCAUCUGCUUCACCGACCGACGCCAAACCCUGCGCCAGCACCCCCCCUCUGAGUGUCUGUGUGUCCGUGCCUGUGGAGUCAGACGGCAGACCCGACCCCCGCUGCCACUGGAGCGAGGCCAAGGUUCAGCAGCUCAUCUCGUUUUACUCCGAGCGCAGCUGUCUGUGGAACCACAGGUCUGAGAGCUACAGGAACCGUCUGCUGAGGCAGAGCCUGCUGGAGACGCUGAGCGGCCUCAUGUCCCACGACGAGUCCGUCCCCUUCACAGUGGACGACAUCAAGGCAAAGUUCAGGAACCUGCGAACCAUCUUCCAGCGAGAACACCGAGCGGUGAGUUCCAACAGGACGUGUGGUUCUGAGGACUUCUACGUUCCCAAGUGGAAACAUUACCGGGAUCUGAUGUUCCUCUGUGACUCCUGCGACGAGGACGAGGGACCUGAAGACGUCCACGUCCCCAAACCGCAGGAGUCCGGCCCCCUCCACCUGGACAAGCACGCCACGCCCCCCACCCUACCCUACCACGCUGCCAGUCAAACCGCUGCCAAGCUGAACGUCAUGCCGCAAGGCUUCGAAGCCCCGCCCUCACCAACACCCCCAGACUCCCGGCACUCCUCCCCCUCUUCCACCCCGCCGCCCUCGACAUCCUCCUCUCACACCAGCAGCCGGGGGUCACGGCGCAAACGAGCGGCGCCCACCACCGGCAUCAUGCUGGAUCUCAUGAGGACGUUCUCUCAGAGUCAAGCGGUGUCGCCACACGCCGGCUUCCUGAAGUACGUGGAGGAGUGUCUGAAUGAGACGCCGCCGGACAAAGUGAAGAAACUGAAGAAGAAGAUAAUCGAGACGAUCCACGGGGCGUCAGAGGAGGUGUAGGUCGUGAUCCUUUUGAGGUGGACAUGUCUGUCUUUUUGUGGCGAAGACACUUGUAAUAUAAAAUCUUAUCUGCAUCUUCCAGCGUCACAUGGUGCAAAGACCUCGUGACGCUGGUGGUGUGUUCAGAUCAGAGCCGGUCGGACUGAUGGAUCAAAGUUAGCAACAGCAGGUCCAACUUUGAAAAGACAGCAACGAUACGCCCCCCCCCCCAUUGAGACAAGUUUAUUUAUUAUGAAUUCUACAAAUAAGAUCAAAAAACAUUAAUUUAGCUAUGCGCUAACAUGCUAACAGUAAGGUUAGCGUACCAUUACUAAUUUGUACAAGUGUCACUUUUCAUUUCAUUAUGAAUAAUUAAAAUGUUGUAUUUAAAGUGUGACCCACCAGCUGAUUAACUUGCUAAAGCUAGCACCUUAACGCUAACAGCAACAUGUUAGCAUCGUUGGAGACAUUCUGUUAUGAGCCAAAGUUUCGGUAGAGAGUCACGUGUUGUUCUGGUUCACGAUGUGUGGACCACCAACUGAAAGUGUCGUGAGGAACUUGAUCCACUUUUUCUCAACCUGAGGAAAAAAAAAGUUUCAUUCACAGCCUUGAUGCCACAGAAAAACGUUUUUUAAGACUUGAUUUUGGAAACUGGGGAGUAUUUACGAUACAGAUAUAUGCUUUAUAUCAAAAAUAAUUUCCCACUGACUCCUAAGGUGUAAUCAAACCAUGAUGACUAAGAAUUGUAUUGAGGUUUGAUAUACAGUUUUACUACAAAGGUUAUUUUACAAAACUACAACUAUUUACAAAAGGAAACACGAAUACAACCAAAUAUAUAGAACCGGCCAAGUGACAUAUCGGUCGGGCUCUAUAAAGUAUAUUUGUACAAACGUAUUUGACGUGUAACGUUCAUCUGUAGUUUUUUUAUUGAGCAUUUAUAUAGAAAAAUCUUCGUUGUUACCAAAGCGUAUUUCUACGAUAAAAGCACUGUAACCUUAAGAUAUUGUUUCAUGAGUCAGAAGAUGUUUACAUUAAUAUUUUCUUGAUAAUCGACUUGUGGAGUUUUUAUUCUAGUGGCGAUCUUAUCAGCUGCUGCAGAGCUGUGAACAUUUUUAAUUGUAUACAUAAACAUAAAACUUUGAAACAUGUUUUUUGAAUUGCACCUUUCUCUUCUUUCUGUGCUGUUUGCACAUGCGUGUUUAAUGACCGUGCCUUAUCAGAUUCGCAGUUACUGUCUUGACAGUAAAUGAGUGGAUGUCAAUCAUGACAUUUAUGUAUUUACAUGUAUAAUAAAAUAAAUCGUACAUGCUGAAAA